AUGCUUAGAUCUACUGGUUCGAGAACUUCUUUGAAUCGUCUAGCUAAAAUCUCAAAAUCAGUAGAUUCACAAUGGUUUGUUACUGCUACUUUGUUGAAAAGAGAUUUCACUUCUUCUCAGCUCUCAUUGAAAUCUUCUGUCUACUCUAGACCAUCGCCUGCUCCAAGUUUCAAUGCUUCUCCGACUUUGGCUGAUUCUACCAAUAAAAUAUCACAAUCAAAGUUAAAAGAAUUGAAGAAAAAUCCUGAAAUGGAUAGUUCUUUAAUCGGUUUGACUGGUGGUGAAAUCUUCCACGAAAUGAUGAAAAGACAUAAUGUAGACACUGUCUUUGGUUAUCCAGGUGGUGCCAUCUUACCUGUUUACGAUGCAAUUUAUAAUAGUAAAGAUUUUAAUUUCGUGUUGCCAAGGCAUGAACAAGGUGCCGGCCAUAUGGCCGAAGGUUACGCCAGGGCUUCGGGUAAAUGUGGUGUUGUUUUAGUCACUUCCGGCCCAGGUGCCACAAAUGUCAUCACUCCAAUGGCAGAUGCAUUGGCAGAUGGCGUGCCAAUGGUUGUCUUCACUGGUCAAGUCCCAACUGCAGCUAUCGGCACCGAUGCUUUCCAAGAAGCGGAUGUCAUUGGUAUUUCAAGAUCGUGUACAAAAUGGAACGUGAUGGUCAAACGCGUAGAAGACUUACCAAAAUGCAUCAAUGAAGCUUUUGAAAUCGCCACUAGUGGUAGACCUGGUCCUGUUUUGGUCGAUUUACCAAAGGAUGUCCAAGCUUCAAUAUUGAGGGCUCCAAUUCCAAUUAAAACCACAAUCCCAUCAAACGCAUUAAAGCAACUAACAAGAAGUGCAUACACUCAAUUCUCAGAAGCUGGUAUCAAAAGAGCUGCUGAAUUGAUCAACAUUGCAAAGAAACCAAUUUUAUAUGUCGGUGGUGGUAUUUUAAAUAAUCCUGAAGGUCCAAGAUUAAUCAAAGAGCUUAGUGACAGAGCCCAGAUCCCGGUUACCACAACUUUACAAGCAUUGGGUGCGUUCGAUCAAGAUGAUCCUAAAUCACUAGACAUGUUAGGUAUGCAUGGAUACGCUCCAGCAAACCUAGCUAUUCAAAAUGCUGAUUUGAUCAUUGCUGUUGGUGCAAGAUUCGAUGAUCGUGUCACAUUAAAUAUCAGUAAAUUUGCACCUGAGGCUCGCCGUGCUGCUCUGGAGAAUAGAGGUGGUAUCAUACAUUUCGAUAUUUCUGCCAAGAAUAUAAAUAAAGUUGUCGAGACUCAAGUGCCCAUCGAAGGUGAUGCUGCAACUAACUUGCAACAAAUGAUUCCUUCUGUUUUUUCUGUUACUGAACGUGAAAGAAAAGAAUGGUUGGAUACUAUCAACAACUGGAAAGCAAAAUAUCCAUAUGCUUACCAAAAAGAAACUCCAGGUUCUAAAAUAAAACCUCAAACUGUCAUUGCUAAACUUUCAGAGAUCGCAAACAGUUCUGGGAAACCUAUUGUAGUAACCACUGGUGUUGGUCAACACCAAAUGUGGGCCGCCCAACACUGGACUUGGAAGACACCACGUACAUUUAUAUCAUCAGGUGGUUUAGGCACUAUGGGUUAUGGUCUACCAGCUGCCAUUGGUGCCCAAGUAGCAAGACCAGAUGCUGUAGUAAUCGAUAUCGAUGGUGAUGCGUCAUUCAAUAUGUCAUUGACUGAAUUAUCUUCAGCUGUGCAAGCCUGUACACCAAUCAAAAUUUUAUUAUUGAAUAACGAAGAACAAGGCAUGGUCACCCAAUGGCAAUCAUUGUUUUACAAACACCGUUAUUCACACACACAUCAACUGAAUCCAGAUUUUGUCAAAAUAGCUGAGGCAAUGGGUAUGAAAGGUAUGAGAUUAGCUGAACAAAGCAAAAUGGAAGAUACAUUACAUGAAUUUUUCAACUUUGAUGGUCCUGUUUUAUUAGAAGUUGUUGUUGAAAAGAAAGUUCCUGUCCUACCAAUGGUCCCUGCAGGUAAAGGUUUAGACGAAUUCAUUUGCUUCGACCCAGAAGUUGAAAAGGAACAAAAUGAAUUACGUAGAAAACGUACCAACGGAAAACAUUAA